AUGACAAUAUCAGAGAAAACCAAAGCUGUCAAGUCUUUUCAUGAUGUUUUAUCUAAGUCUUUGAGUAAAUUAGAAGCUCAUGUCAACUCACAUCCGGGUUAUGAUGUUUACCGGUCUGUCCGAUUGUUCGAUCCACGACAAUUGGGUAUGUUGUCCCACGACAUUGAACAGUAUCAAUCUAUGCCGUCCAAUGAAUUGGUUCAUGAAUUCCAGUUGUAUGUUCAGCUAACACCAGAUGAUAUUCCUGAUACAUUCAAUGUAUCAGCCUUUUGGCACUCCAUGAGUCACUGUUUCCCACUACUAGCAGCAGUUGCUAAGGAUGCAAUCUGGAUGCCUGUUGCUAGUGUGGAUGUUGAAAGAUCCUUCAGUCAAUACAAGCAUCUUCUAGAUGACACGAGGGAGAGUUUGACCGAGGAACACACAAAACUGACAGGAGGGAGAGUUUGA